AUGUUUGGAGGCCCACGCGGGGAACUCCUCUCCCAGCUGACCGAGAUUGCCAUCUAUAAGAGCAGUCGCCGCAUGUACCGCAUCGAUUUUUUAUACACGGACCCGUCAAAGAACAUGUUUAUUGGGGAUGCGGAUCACGCGUUUUACACGUAUGACACUCCCAAGCGCUCAAUAAUGAUCGACGGGCCUGGUGGAGAGAGGAUAGUAGACGCGAAGAUGAGAAAUGAAGGCCAAUGGGACGAUGCCCUACUGCUUCAAACAAACCGCGGACGGGAGUUCCUGUUGGGCGACUCGAGCUGUCAGCCAUUUGAGCGGUGGGAUUCACUUGCUCCUGGUUCCCUCGUCAUCGGCCUUUUCCACAUAGACAGAACUCCUAUUGUUCGUAUAGGAGCCAUGUCCAUCAAUCUCGAAACCAACGGCAACUAG